GGGUUUGCAGCGUUGGAAGCCGUAGACCUGUGUCGUUGGCGGCCGGCGGCGAUGGAGACGGCGAGACCGGCGUGCUCUUCUCCCAGCGCCUGAGUCGGUGUCUCUCCGGGCAGCCAUGGGGCUGAGUUCCAGCUCCGAGGUUCCCAACGGGGGCUCCGAGGGUUAUCAUGUGCACGGGAUUCAGGAAAAUUCCCCCGCUCAGCGGGCUGGAUUGGAGCCGUUCUUUGAUUUCAUACUUACCAUAGGACACACGAGACUGAAUAAAGAAGGCAACACCCUGAAAGAUCUACUAAAAGCCAACGUUGAGAAAGCUGUGAAACUGGAAGUCUACAACAUAAAAACGAUGAAAGUACGGGAAGUGGAGGUCAUCCCCAGCAAUAUGUGGGGAGGGCAGGGACUGCUAGGGGCCAGUGUGCGAUUCUGCAGUUUCCAAGGUGCCAAUGAACACGUCUGGCAUGUGCUGGAUGUGGAGCCAGCUUCUCCGGCAGCAUUAGCUGGCCUGAAGCCCCAUUCUGACUACAUAAUUGGAUCGGAUCAGAUACUCCACGAGUCUGAAGAUUUCUUCUCCCUGAUCGAUUCUCAUGAGGGAAAGCCUCUGAAGCUGGUGGUCUAUAACACAGAAAUGGAUUCCUGCCGAGAAGUUUUUGUAACCCCCAAUGGAGCCUGGGGUGGAGAAGGAAGCUUAGGAUGUGGCAUUGGAUACGGCUACCUACACCGAAUUCCCACGCAGGCGGCUGCCCUAAAGAGAGCACCUGAAACCUCUUCUCCUUUGCCCUCUGGAGACGCGCCUCCCGAACCCCCAGCUAAUGGCUACAUGGAGGCUUCCUUGAUGUCCCCUAGCCUAAACACCGAAGAAACCGAGAAUUUGGGCUACAUCUCGGGUCAAAGUGUGACCCCCUAUUCAUUAGAAAACUCCCUGCCCCUUCCUGCUCCUCCUCCUCCUCCGGUUCAGAGAGUCAUGGAUCCAGGUUUUGUAGAUAUGUCUGGAGCUGCUUUUCCCGAGUUGAUUGAUUUAGUAAGAACAGCCCACGUGACUUCUUCUCCUUCUUUCACCUAUAGUGAAAUUAAUUCAUCUUUUGAAGACUCGGUAUUUUUUCAUGCAGACGAGAGCUCUCCCAAAUUACUUGAGGGAAAGCCUUCUGGGUCUCCUCUGUCACCCCUUCCUAUGGACCUGUCUCCAAACUCACCCUCUGGACCGGAUGCUGAGGCUCAAGAAACUCUCCGGCCCCACAGCAGGGCCGAGACACCCCCCCUACCACCCAAAACAGACAGCCAUGACAAAGGUGCCCAGGAAUCCAUGGAUGAAACCAAAGAGGCCUAAACCUUUCAGAGGACAUCAUUUCACCUUUGGGCUUUGAAGAUUUUGGCACCAGAAAGCCCUGGUUUUACGUGCUGCAGAAACAUUUUGAUUGGUUUCUGAACCGCAGUAGAAUUCAGCUUCCUUCAGUCACAACUAUUGUACCCCCGACAGCAGCAGUCGGUUGACUCUGGGGUCUGUAUACCUCUUGUUCUGCUUAGUGGUAAUAACACUAAUGAUUGGAGUUAAGGAACAGAUUUUUUU